AUGAGACGCUUAGAAAAGAUCUAUUGUAGAGAGGGGCUUGAGACGGACGUGAAUUUUGUGAUACCUACAAACUUAAGUAUCCCGAGGCAAUCCAAUUACAUCGACGACGAUGUUUGCUGGCUCAAAGGCAAGACUCAAAGUUCAGAACGCUCCUUCCGCCCCAACGCACCUCUGAAAGGCUCCCAGAUCCAACCGGGUGUAGUAAAGGUCUUUUUACUGGGAGCAAGCCAAUGUUUCUUAUGCCACCGCUCGUUAGCUAUCAGUAAUGGUAUUGAGACGUUCAAUCAAUUUAAGAAAUGCGGUGGAGUUCAUUGA